UUCAAGUCGAUCAGCAAGCGUCAAGCGACCAUGUUUAUCACCCCAACCCUCAACAUCUCAUGUAUAACUUGUAUGAAGGGAAAUCAUCGUGAUGAGGAAGGUAGCAACAAGAAGAAGCAAUCAGGAGGGAAGGAAAACAAUUCGGUAGUGCUGGAACUUUAUAGAGGAAUAACUGGUGGAGGUCCUUGGGAUGAUGGAAUCCAUGACGGCAUCAGAGAGAUCAACCUCGUUUAUGGUAAAUGCAUCGACUCGAUGUGUGUAUUCUACGAUAAAAAUGGUGAGCUUGUCAAAGGCGAAAGGCGAGGAGGUCAUGACAUGUGCAGUGAAUUCAACAAGCCCAUAAGUUUUGCUGAGAUAAAGCUUGAGUACCCUGAGGAGUUUCUGGUGAGUAUCAGUGGAUACUAUUCUGGGGUGAACUGGAUAGUUGGAGAUCCGGUCAUCUUAAGGUCUCUCACAUUUGAGAGCAAUAAUCGAACAUUUGGACCAUUUGGAGUUCAAGUUGGGACGCCCUUUAAUUUUAGAGUACAAGAUGGUGAGAAAAUUGUUGGCUUUAAGGGAAGAGAUGGAUGGCACCUAGAUGCAAUUGGGUUUCAUAUAUUAAAACCGCUGGAUCUUUAUGGAGGAACGUCCGGAGGAGUCUAUGGUCAAUGCAUCGACUCAUUGUGUGUGGUGUAUAAAAAAAAUGGUGAGCUAAUUAUAGGCGACACGCAUGGAGGUUAUGACAAGGGCAGUGAUCUUCAUAAACCUCUGAAUACGGUUCAGAUAAAGUUGGAAUACCCAAAUGAGUUUUUGGUGAGUGUCACCGGACAUUAUUGUGGGGUGACCUGGAUAGUCGGCGCUCCGGUGGUGUUACGGUCACUUGAAUUUAAGAGCAAUAGAAGAACAUUUGGACCAUUUGGAAUACAAGUCAGCACACCCUUUACUUUUAGAGUAAAAGACGGAGAGGAAAUUGUUGGGUUUUUUUUUUGA